AUGAAUGAACAUUUGCGUAGGGUUAAAGAUCAAGAAACAUUGGUUCACUACCUGGGAAAAGAUAUCCAGAAUGAGCUUAUACAGCUUCUAGCCAGUGCUAUAAAGAAGAAAAUUAUAACAAGUACAACCUCAGCUAAAUACUAUUCAAUUAUUCUGGACUGCACACCCAAUGUUUCUCACAUUGAGCAAAUGACAAUGAGUGUACGUUUUGUUGAUGUAAGCAAACCAGCAGAUAAUGAGUCUGAAAGUAUUACUAUAAGAGAACAUUUCUUAGGAUUUAUUCCACUACAGGAGACUACAGGUGCCUUUAUAGCAGAAACUCUUCUUGAACAGCUGAAGCUAAUUCAAUUGCCAAUUGAAAAUCUGUGUGGUCAAGGGUAUGACAAUGGCAGUAACAUGAAAGGUAAUAUAUAUGAUGCUUUGAUAGAGAUUUUUGAGGAUACAAGCCUAUCAGGUCCAUCUGGAAAUACUUCCCGAGUUGAAGCCAAGGGCCUUGCUGAUGCAGUUAGUAAAUUCAAGUUUGUGGUAUCCCUUGUUACAUGGUACAACAUCCUUUUUGAAGUCAAUCUUACAAGCAAGCUACUACAAAAUAAGGAAGCUGAUUUAAAUUCAGCUACAAGACAAUUGCAAGUGACCAAGAAUUAUCUCAUAACCUGCAGGUGUGAUAAAGGUUUUCAACAAGUUUUGACAGAUGCUACUGAGAUUGCAAAUGAGAUACAGAUAGUACCAAACUUUGAGACAGAAGAUCAAGUUCGAAACAGGAGAAAGAAACGGCAGUUUGAAUAUGAGGCCCGAGAAGAAGCACCACAAGAUCCAAAGCAGAAAUUCAAAACAGGUUUUUACUAUGCUGUUUUAGACAUGGCAAUACAAUCGAUUGAAGAGAGAUUCCAAUAG